CAAGGAUACUUCCUGGCACAAGGACCAUUCAGAAGCAUGUUCAACACCUGUGGCUCUUCAAUGGGACGGCCGGUCUACUGGAGAUCUAGCCUGGCACGUGUGGUAGAUGCUUCAUAAAUGCCCAUCGACUGAUUGACGCCCCAUCAACGUGGAGUGAGUGGAGUUUUCAUCUUAACUGUGCGUGCUACUUCUGUAUGAUUAGCCAUCAGAUAACUUGGUGGAAUGACCCUGAUGAUCACUCUCAAACCCCAGGCUCUGGCCUAAGGGGCCCACCCCCGGAGGCCGGAGGGACGAGGCUUCUCUCCCCGUGGGGACCUUCUCCAGCAGCCCCUCGGGGAGGACGCCCCGGUGCUGCCUCCUCCAGCCUCCUCAGCGGGAGGCCUUCUGGGUGGGCUACCUAUCCUGCCUGGCAGACAUCAGCACCAAAGUCCUGGCCAGGCCUAGAGGGCGGACAGGGCUCGGUGCUGAGGACCAAGGAAGCAGAGCAGGUCAGACCGCAUUUGGAAGCCGCAGGUUUCAAGGACCCCAAGUGACUCCCUGACACAAAACCCACCUGUCAUGUUUUAAGAAAAGUAACGGAUGGGCAGAGACGAGGAAGUAGGCUGGGGGCUGGGUCUGUGAUUGCGGGGGAAUGAGGAGCUUCCAGGUAAGCACCUCCCUCUCCCGGUGCGGGCUGGCACUCUGUAACCUCUCUAGACCCUUGGAGCCGUCCCAGUGUUACCUAGAGCUGCGAUGGCGGCACCAAACAGUUUGCGUACUGAUUUAGAAAACCACAUUACCUGGGUCUACUGUUUUUUAAUGUAUUUUGUUAAAUAUUUCUCAACUACACUUUAAUCUGGUUUGACAGAAGUGUUGCCACGGGGUUGGGGGGAGGUUAAUAGAGCCCGGUACGUGAAAGUCAGAACUUGAACCCAGGUCUUUCCAGGCCAUUUUUUUUAACCACCCCCUGCAGCCUUUUCAUUCGAGUAAGCACUUCCUUAGCACAGGGCCUGACACACAACAGGCGACUCAUAGAUGCCUGCUCAUAAUGAGUGUGUGAAAGGUCAGUUUCGGUUUUCACUCACAGUCUACGCUGUCCGUCCAGAGUUUUCUCCCCUAUUUAACAGCUUCGCCUUCUUUUCAAUAAUAUGACAUUUAAUUAAAUAAUUUAAUAAACAUUUAUGAAGCACUCAACCACACGGCACAGCGGGUGCUGGGGACACAAAAAUGCGAACAUGCAGCAGAUGAGGAAGGAGCAGGACCGGGGCUGGCCAGCCCGGAGGGUGGGGAGGGGUCCUCCCGGUGAGAUCACAGAGGGCCAAAUGCCCCCCACCCCAGGCAGGAGGGGUCCCGUCGGAGCCAGGCACGGGGCCGGGGCCACACGAGUCCUGAGAGCCCGGGGUGUUGGCAGCUGCCUCCGGACGCUUGGGCCAUCCCCGCUCGGAGCCGGACCCUGACCGCAUCCCUGAGCGAGUCCGGCACCAUCCGGCACCUGCAUUUAUUAAGCAGCUACUGGGUGCUCUGCCGAGGGGAGGGCGGAGGAGGAGCAAAGUCUCCGCUAAGGAUUCUGAAUAUUUGGGCUUUUUAAUCCUGCUACCAAGAUGUUUGCAGACCAAGUCUUCAAACUUUUGUCCCACAAACAAAAAACUACCUUAUCAAAGUCUGCAGAACCCCCACCAGAAAGAGUUGGAGACAAAAAAUAUUUCAUGGAUGCUUCUAAAAAAAAUCUCACCUUUAUCCCAUCUUCCCUCCUGGAACUUUGGGAACUGGAAGAAGCGCACUUGGAAAAUAAUGUGCUUGAGGGGAUUUCUAAAGACAUCCGUAAUCUCACCAACCUAAAGAUUCUCUACCUGAACAACAAUAACCUAAGAUUUCUUUGCAAAGACCUCGGGGAACUGACUAAUCUUCAAAGUCUGGACCUUAGCAACAACCCGCUGAUUCCCAGCACUUUGCCUGUCCUUUCCCAUCUGCGGGCCCUUCGACAGCUCCGGCUUUAUAAAAUUCACCUGGAGCAUUUCCCCAUCCAGGUGUGUAAGUGCCUGCACCAUCUGGAAUUGCUGGGAUUGUCUCACAACAGGCUGAAGGCUCUGCCCAAAGAAAUCGUCAAUCAGACCAAACUGAGGGAGAUUUACCUGCAGGACAACCGGUUUGAAGAAUUUCCCCAGGAGCUCUGCGUCCUUUACAACCUGGAGAUCGUAGACUUGGAGCAAAAUCAGAUCGCGGUCAUCCCCGACGAGAUCAGCGCGCUCACCAAGCUGGAGAAAUUCUUCAUCGCUUCGAAUUGUGUGACCUACCUCCCGGACACUCUGGGCAGCUGUAGCAAGCUAACGAUCUUGGACGUCUCCUAUAACUUCCUGCGCAACCUCCCCUCGACCCUCAAAGAGCUGACCGAAAUUACUGAGCUGGGUCUUUCGGGGAACUGCCUGGAGAAGGUGCCCAGGCUAAUCUGCAAGUGGACGCUACUCCAUCUCCUGUACAUGAAGAACACCUGUCUGAAAACCCUGCGCCGCUCCUUCAAACGCCUGCUCAAUGUCACUCUCUUAGAUCUGAGCCAGAAUUACUUUGAUUUUUUCCCUAUCGAGGUCUGCGCUUUGAAAAACCUGGAGAUACUGUCCCUGGAUGACAAUCGCAUUUGUCAGGUCCCUCCAGAGGUGUUCAACCUUGUCAAAUUGAAGGCACUUAGUCUAACUGGAAAUAAUUUCACUAUAUUUCCAGAGGAAAUCUUGCUAAUUGAAUCUUUAGCACUUUAUCUGGGACAGGAUCAAGGAACCAAACUGACCUAUAUCUCAGAAAACAUCCUGAAGCUAACGAAUCUGAAAGAGCUGUAUUGUGAAAAUAACAGCCUCGAGUAUUUACCUGCGGGCAUAGGUUCACUGAGAAGCUUGCAGCUGCUGGAUCUUCACAACAAUCAGAUCAGGGAGCUUCCAGAUUCUAUAUGUCAAUUACAAGGUUUGAAGACACUGAUUCUUGAGAACAACUACUUGUCUGAACUUCCAGAAAACAUGGACAGUCUAGAGAGCCUUGAGGUUCUCAACCUAGAAGGAAAUCCCAUGGAAGACCUGGAAGAAGUGUGUGAUAUGGGCAUUCCAGCAAUAUGGCAUUACUUACAGGAAAAGAGAUUCACGAAAGUUAUGGCCACUAAGAUUCAGGCUUGGUACAGAGGAGUGAGGGUGAGGAAAGAGUUUGAAGAAACAUUAAAAAUGCUAAAGAAAGGAAAGAAAUCUCCCAAAGACAAGAAAGAAAAGAAAAAUGAAAAAGCAAAACCAGCGCCCAAGGGCAAAAAGAAAUAAUCCUUUUUUCUUGCUGGACUUUUAAAAAUGGCUAAUGCCCUGAACGUGGCUGGAAGAAAGGAAGAUGAGGCUCCAGCUGUUUGACUCUUGAACAAGGGGUUGUGAUUUUCUUCUUCCCCCACCCAUCGCAAGCAAGAAAAGCAAGCCCGUUACAGAUAAGUAUAAUUAAGCAAAACAAUCUCCUGCAUUAGAUAAAACACAUAUGCUUGAAUCUGCCCUCGGAGGCCAUCCCCUUUCUCUCUGGAGGUGGGGAACAUGUUUCAUCAUGCGUCCUCUGGAACUAUGGCUUUUCAUUACUUUCAAUAUUCAAGUGGUUACGUGAUCCUUCUAUGUGGACGUUCGGUCCGACAGUGCAGAUUGCCACCCCUCCAUGUCUGCCCGGCCUGUGAGAAUCUUGUCCACUUUUGCUACAAAAAGUUAUUCAACAUGGGAGGGGAAUCUCUCGCUUUCUCUUGACAUUGUGAGGACACCAGUGAAUACGUGGCUUGUCUCACCUUGUGAGCAGCCCAUCUUAUUAUUUGAUUGUGUAUUCUUUGAUGAAAUCCUUUAUCUUCCUCCUUCUUGUUCCUUGUUCCUUAUUUGUAAAGUGCUGUAGCUUCCUUAUAGAUGUACCCGCCAGGCAUCUUUCCAUUUCUUUCUGAGUAAUUUUGUUAUUAUUCAGUUGUUUAGUGAUGUCUGACUCUUUG